AUGAUUGGUAUUCAAAAGCUCUGGCCAGUAUUUCUACUAGGCACCUCAAUAUAUAUUCUUGAGCUUUAUUAUUAUCACGAUGGCUAUUCGCCGACGUUUUCGCGCUCCGGCGAAUUUUCGGCGAAAUUCAUCGACGUUGAAUAUCCGUAUCGUUUCGAAAUAAUGCCCGAUUCGACGGCCAAAUGCGAUAACUCUACAAAAUUGUUGAUAAUUGUGCUGACGAUGGCGCCAAAUUGGGAAAUUCGACGAGCGAUUCGCGAGACGUGGGCAUCGCGAUCGGUAUUGAACGCGAUCAAGGUGAAUUUUAUACUAUCGAUGUCGAAAAAUUCAACGAGAAUUGAGGAGGAAGCCAGACAGCAUGAUGAUUUGAUUGUCACUAAUCUACCGGAAACCUAUGAUAAUCUAGUGUUGAAGGUGCAUUCGCUUCUCACUUACAAACAACACUAUUGCGAUGACGUCGACUACGUGCUGAAAAUCGACGAAGACGUCGUAAUCAAUCCCGAAAAGGUGCUAGAAGCCGCGAGAAAUCCAGCAAAAGCGAAAAUCGAUGCAAUAAGUGGGUAUUUGUGGAAGAAGUCGGUGCCGAAACGAGAUAAAUCUCACAAAUGGUACAUUCCAAGAACCUUCUGGCCCGCCAAAUAUUUUCCUGACUAUUGCGAUGGUCCAAUGUAUCUAGUUGGCAAGAAAGUGGUCCCAAAGUUGCUUCAAGCUUCCCAAAAUCAUAAAAAAUGGAGUUUAGAGGACGUUUUCUGGACAGGAAUUCUAACUAGUGAUCAGAAGAUUCCAUUGUUCAAUUGGGCUAGACAAAUUCUUCGGGAUAAGGGGGACCUGUAUUCCAACAAACUUCACUGCCGCGCUAGUCAGCCAUAUCUCGGAUGUCAUGGUUUAAAGGGUCCCGAGCAAAUCAGAACGGGCUAUCAGAAAUUGAUACAACUAAAGUGCACAUGA